AUGCAGAAAAUCCUCUGUCGAUUGCCUGCCUGUGAAGAUGCUGUCCGCAUGAGCUUCGUGUCGAAAACAUGGCAAACCCUAUGGAGCUCACUACCAGCCUACCAUUUUGAUUUCAAUUCUGAUACGGGACAACCCAUCUCUUAUUAUUAUCAAGCAGGCCGGUAUCCUAAAAGGAAAAGGUCUGCCGCCACGGCGCUGGAAGAAUCGCUGCGAAUGCUCCAUGAAUAUGACGAUGAUCAGAAAAAGGUAAUCAAUUACUUUAGGCUGAGAGGGAGAGUUCCUCUGCAAAGCCAAGCCUGGAAUGUCGACCGUUGGAUCAAGCUGGUAACCAAACACUUUGUCAAAGAGCUACAUCUCCGCUUCAGUUAUGUUGCCGGGAUCCCAAGGUAUCGUUUUCCUCCUGCAAGCUUUGAUGUUGGGUCAUUAGUUGUGUUGAGUUUAAGCCAUUGUGUUUUGGACCAAGCUUUGGUUCAAGAGGGAAGGAGAUGCCCUUCACUUGAAACACUGGAAUUCUACCGGUGCGAAAACACUCAGCAUACUCAACUUGGCGAUCUUACAAAGCCUAUCAAGACGGUGAACAUUGAAUUUUGA